AUGUCGCACCCCCAGUAUACCUACGGCGGACCCCCGCAACCCCCUUAUAACAGCGCUGGGUAUGCUCAGCCGGGCGCCCAUCAACAGCAGCCGGCCCCGUUUUAUCCACCACAACAGCCUGGUGGAUAUCCGCCCCAAGGGGCUCCCCCGCAGCAAUUUCCCCCCUCUGGUCAGUACCAACAGCCAUAUGGUGCGCCGCCGCCGCAACAACAAUGGCCGGGCCAACCACCGCAACAAUAUCCUCAGGGAGGCCAUCCACCACCGCAGCAGUAUCCGCCUCAGGGAGCGUAUCCUCAGAAUCAAUACCCUCCACAGGGCCAAUAUCCUCCCCAUGGUCAGUAUCCUCCGCAGGGAGGUUACCCGCCGCAAGGCCAACCCGGCUAUCCACCCCCUCAGGCGCCUCAACCAAUGCCCACUCCGCCAUCCCUAGGCUAUGACCCCAACCAACGCGCCCCCGGCGACGCAACCCGCGAAGCCGAAGCCCUCCGCAAAGCAAUGAAAGGCUUCGGCACAGACGAAAAAGCCCUGAUCAAUAUCCUGACCAAGCCCGACCCCCUGCAAAUGGCACUCAUCAGACACACCUACACCGAUCGCAUCGGACGCAAUCUCGAAAAAGACCUCAAGUCCGAGCUCUCGGGGGACCUGGAAGACGUCCUCCUUUCUUUAGCCAGAGGCCCACUUGAGCAGGACGUCGCUACCCUGCGCGGUGCCAUGUCAGGCCUAGGAACGAACGAAAACCUCCUCACGGAUGUGCUGGUCGGCCGGUCGAAUGCCGACCUGCGCGCAAUCAAGUACGCGUAUGUCAGCAAGUACCAGAAGUCGCUGGUGGAGGAUAUCAAGAGCGAUUUGUCCGGCAAGACCGAGCAGUUCUUUGUCAUGUUGCUGAACGCUACGCGGCCGGAGCCGGGGACGUAUUUCGAUGCGCAGUCGGUUGAUGCUGAUGUUCGCGAGAUCCACCAGGCGACGCAGGCGCGCAAGGGGACAGAUGAGAUUGGUGUCUUUGCCGUACUUUUGGGUGCCUCGGAUGCGAAGCUCGUCGCAAUCGCGCAGGCUUUUGAGGCAAAGUAUCAUAUUAGCCUCGAGAAGGUGAUCAAGGAUGAGUUCUCGGGCCACCUGGAAGAUGCGCUACUGUCGAUGCUGUCUAAGGCGAAGGAUCCUGUUGGUCAUGAUGUGGAGAAGCUCCUAAAGUGUUUGCCUCCUGUUGAGAACGGGAAAGCAGAUGUGAAGCGGUUGAUCUACUGGGUUGUUCAUCUGCAUUGGAACCCACCCCAUUUUGCAGCGGUCAAGGCGCGGCUGAAGCAGAAGCUGGGCCAUGAUGUUGGCAACCACUUCAGAGAAGCCAUUGCCCCAGGAGACUUCCUUACUGCUAUGCGCCAGGUGUGGAAUUCGGCCUAG